GUAGUGGAUGUCAUGAUUUCAUUAUGUAAUCUAAAUUAUCCAAUCCGUGACUUCAGAACAAAGUGGCACUUUUAAUUUACUCGACUCGCGGCAACUGACUGCACUAGCAGUAUACUUGCGUCUAAAAUACGAAUUUCUGUCUUCAGAUCCACAAUGCUCAUUGUUCCUACUUUUUUGAUGUGUGGGAUGUGGACAGAGAGCCACAAGGCCCACAACUUCCGAGUCCACACCUCUCAAAGUAUAAAAUGCGCGAGCGUCUCCUGUUCACGAAUCUGUACAUCAUCUAAACGGUCUCCAUCACAUUUUAUACACCCUACCUCGUUUCAAUUAUCGUAAAGAUGUCAACGAAUGAUUUGACACCCGCACUGAAUAUUGAUCCCCGCGUCAAAAUACAUCUGCCACUCCGAGAGCGCCGUUCUGUCCGAUUCACAGUCGAAACGACAUCAAAACAUCUCACUGACCCCGUAACAGGUCACACACCCACCACCCAGGUGACACCGAGCAGCGCGCGUCCAAAGUGGCAUGAUUUUAUCCACUAUGACGCACCCUUUGAAUAUUUUUCAAGGCGCUAUCAUCUCCAAGAAAUAAUGGUGUGCCUGUACGUCGCAUCAGCCGACACACAUGAAGUCGAAAUGCUUUGUGCAGAAGCAGGGGUGCCUUUCAGUCACGUUCUGCAAAUAGAGCCUGUCGAAGACAUUGCAGCAUCAGGCUCCAGGAGCGAGGAAAUCGUGGAAGAUGUUUUGAGGACGCAGAAGCUAACACUCAAGUGCCCAAGGCAGGGGAGAAACCGAGGUCGCACAGUGCUCAGCGCCUCCCAACUCCUUGCAGCACGGGACUACCUUUCCCUGGUCAUGCCGUAUUCAAGCAGCUUCGUUCCAAAGCACCCUCCGCGCUUCAAUGUCCAACUACUCGUUGUCGCACCAGCGGAUUACACAAUUGAUGUCAUGUCAAUAGUGGUGUGCUAUCUCGCAUUUUCUUCUGGGCAUCACGCGGAGACCGUGAUGCAGUUUAUUGAAGAGGAAAAGUAUGAUGAAGUAUGGGAGGGGGGUUUUUCGCAAGAGGGUAUGGAUUUUGUAGAGCGCAUAGUGAGGGUCAUAUAGGGCCCAGGGCAACGGCUAGCAGGAUAUAGUAUCGUUGUACUUAUUUACAUGUGCGCCUGUAGGAUAUUGCUAGAAGGUAUUAUCAGAGACUCGAGAAACUUGCACAUAUUGUUUGUCAUUUAUGAACAACUCGAUACUCAAUGCUUGAGUUGACAAUAUCAUUACAUUCAAAAACA